AUGUCCAAACUAGCUAAUGCCUUAGCUGUAGGAGGCCAUGGAAAAUUCCUAGCACAAGCUCAAUUGAACCUUAGGGGGCAACACAUGGCACAAACUUUAGGACCAAGAGAGACCAACUUGAAGGAAGUGAAUGUCAUAACCACUAGAUCUAGAAAGGUUAUAGAACCAACCGCCAAACUUAGGGAAAGUGAGAAGGAUCGCAGUAGCAUAGAAGAGAGCACCCCUAGUGAGGAGGCAGUGAAAAAUCCAUCUAGAGUGCCCUUUCCUCAAGCCCUCAAGUCAACCUCGAAAUCUACUAGUCAACAUAGUAAAAUCCUAGAGUACCUCAAGCAAGUAAAAGUCAAUCUACCUCUCUUGCACGUGAUUUCCCAGGUCCCCAUAUAUGCUAAAGUCCUUAAGGACUUGUGUACUAUAAAAUGGAAGCACCAUGUCGAGAAAACCACAUUCUUAACUGAACAUGUGAAUGCCGUAAUUGAACAAAAAGUCCCACCAAAGUAUAAGGAACCUGGUUGUCCUAAUGUUUCUUGUAUCAUAGGGAACCAUGAGAUUGCACAAGCUCUCCUAGACUUAGGGGCUAGUGUCAACAUCAUUCCUUAUGCUAUAUACUCAGCAUUAGGUCUAGGUAAGAUCAAACUUACUACAGUGGUCCUACAAUUGGCUGAUCGAUCCACUAUUAGACCUAGAGGGAUAGUUGAGGAUGUGCUAGUACAGAUUGACAAAUUAUGUUACCUUGUGGAUUUUUUGGUUUUGGAUGUGAAAGUAGAUGUGAAUCCUGAGGAAGAUGAUGGGUAUCAUCAAACAUACAUGAUUGAUACACUUGUUGAGGAGGAAGCACAUGCGCUUAUUGACCCCGACCCUUUAAAUUUUUUCCUUUUAAAUUUUGAAAUUCUCGCAAGGGAUGAUAAUGGAGAAUAUCCUGAUAUUGAUGGUAAUUUUAAUGAUUUUCAGGAUUAUGGGAUACCACUGGUGACUACUUCCAAUGAGUUGGUUUAG